GCCCCAUCAUCGUGGCACAGAAGUUCCUGCCUCUCCUAGAGCAAGCCGCAGCUCAGAACAAGUCGCAGCCCAUGAGUUGUAACAAAGCCGCCCUCAUCAAUAUUUCUUCAAAAAGUGGAUCUCAAGAGGUGACAUAUCAGAAUGGAAGAGGAACUUCCAUACAUUACAAAUGCUCAAAGACUGCGGAGACUAUGGCCACUAUUUUGAUCUCUCGAGAGUUGAGAGAAGCUGGUAUCUUAGUUUUGUCACUUCACCCGGGCUGGGUACGUACAGACUUGGGGACAGAAAAAGGCGAUAUUUCCCCAGAAGAAAGCAUUUCUGCCUGCCUUCAGGUGAUUGGAUUACAAGGUGAAGAGGGCACUGGGAAGCUUCUCGAUUACACUGGAGAUGUGAUUCCUUUCUAAAGAUUAGUCCAUUGUUCUUUGUGUACUGUGGAACUCGGAUUUAACGAGCUCGGAUUCAACGAGAACUCGGAUUCAACGAGAUGAGACAGAUG